AUGUAUAGAGCAAAUUACUCUGAGGUAUCUGAAUUUGUGUUCCUGGGACUUUCUACCUCUAGACCAAUGCAGCAUUUUCUCCUUACCUUUUCUACAGUGUUUUAUGUAGCAAUUGUACUGGGGAACCUCAUCAUUGUGUUUACAGUGACUUUUGACUCUCAUUUGCAUUCCCCUAUGUACUUCCUGCUAGCCAACCUUUCAUUUAUUGAUUUGUGUCUUUCUACAUUAACGGUUCCAAAGAUGAUCUCUGACUUGUCCUCUGGGAAAAACACUAUAUCAUUCCAGGGAUGUGUCAUUCAGAUUUUUGUACUUCAUAUCCUGGGUGGAUCUGAGAUGGUGCUGCUCAUAGCCAUGGCCUUAGAUCGAUAUGUAGCCAUAUGUAAGCCUCUCCACUACCUGACCAUCAUGAGUCCACGAAUGUGCAUUUGGCUUCUGAUUGGUGCUUGGGUUAUUGGUCUCAUUCACUCAGUGGCCCAGCUAGCAUUUGUUAUCCAUUUGCCUUUCUGUGGUCCUAAUGAAGUAGACAGCUUUUACUGUGACCUACCUCGGUUUAUCAAACUUGCCUGCACAAACACCUACAGAUUGGAGUUCAUGGUUACUGCCAACAGUGGGUUCAUUUCUAUGGGAACUCUCUUCUUGUUGAUUUUGUCUUAUGUUUUUAUCCUGGUCACUGUGUGGAAAUGUUCUUCAAAUGGCUUGUUUAAAGCCCUCUCUACUUUGUCAGCUCACAUCACUGUAGUGAUUUUGUUCUUUGGACCAUGCAUUUUUGUCUAUGUGUGGCCAUUUCCCACAGUGCCAGUGGAUAAGUUUCUUGCCAUUUUGGACUUCAUGAUUACACCCAUACUGAAUCCUGCUAUCUACACAUUGAGGAACAAGGAUAUGAAGAGAGCAAUGAGGAGACUAAGUAGUCAACUUCUGAGUUUGAGGAAGAUCUCCUAA